AUGAAGCUUGUUGUAAUCAUAUUCUUCUUCUCUCUUAUCUGCUUCCACAUUUCCUUGUUAGCGGAUGACACCAUAAAACCAAACCAAACUCUACUAGAUACCGUCCAAACUCUGGUUUCCACCGGCAAAAAAUUCGAAUUAGGCUUUUUCAGCCCACCGAAUUCAAAGAACCGCUACGUGGGAAUAUGGUUCAAGAAUGUCUCAGAACUCACAGCCAUCUGGGUCGCCAACAGAGACAACCCUCUCGCAGACUCGUCAGGUGUCCUGAAAAUCACUGAAACCGGAAACAUAGUAAUCUUCAGCAACAAAACGGAGAACCCCAUAUGGUCCUCAAAUUCAUCAGCAGAAGACCCAACUUUGCAGCUCUUAAACACAGGAAACCUCGUGGUUAAAGAUGGUAACAGCGGAAAAUAUACGUGGCAGAGUUUCGACUAUCCCUGCGAUUCGCUCGUAUCGGGCAUGAAGCUGGGUCGGGACUUUAUAACGGGUCAAAAUUGGAAGCUAACCUCCUGGAACAGCUCCCAAGAUCCAUCCACCGGAAUCCUCACAUACGAAGUAGACCCUCGUAGGCUUCCUCAGGCACUUUUGCAACGAGGCAAAAAUAUCACGUACAGAGAUGGGCCGUGGGAUGGUAGCAGCAAAGUCCAAGUUAAAAUGGCCUUUAAACCCAACUAUCUUGUUAGUGAGACCCAUUUCUACUAUACUUUCGAGGACACCGACAAUUCCACGGUUACUCGGUUCUGUUUAGAUCCAUCAGGAUCUCUCGGGCAGCUACUAUGGAGCCACGACAGCGAUAAGUGGGUUAUCGUCUACGCGAUGCAGAGAGACAAUUGUGAUGAUUUUGCGCGUUGUGGUCCUAAUGGUGUCUGUGACACCAGUAACACCGUUAUUUGCGAUUGCCCAACUGGGUUUGUUCCAAAAACACCAAAUGAAUGGGCUUCAAUAAUUUUUAACGGUGGGUGUGUGCGAAAGACACGCUUGAACUGUAGCGCUAACGAGAGGUUCCAGAAGUUCUCUCGGAUGAAGUUGCCGUACAAUUCGGAGUUUAUGGUGAACGGGUCGGUGGUGAGGAAGGAGGAGUGUGAGUUGAUUUGUAGGAGGAACUGCUCUUGUGUGGCGUAUGCUGUGGCUCGGUUUGGUGGCUGUGUAAUCUGGGCCGGAGACUUGCUUGAUAUGAGACAUUUCAGCGAUGCUGGACAGGAUCUGUAUAUUAGAAUGGCUGCUUCUGACUUUGUAGGUGGAUGUCUCAUCUGUAAGAGGACAUCCUGCUGCCUUAUAAGCCAAGAGGGAACAAUGACUCCUACUCAUUUAGAGGAAGAUGUGGAGCUACCUUUAUUUGGCUUUGAUACUAUUGCAAAUGCUACCAACAACUUCGCCUUCACAAAUAAAAUUGGUCAGGGUGGUUUUGGUCUUGUUUACAAGGGUGUGCUAUCAUCUGGGAAAGAAAUAGCAGUGAAAAGGCUUUCUAAAGAUUCUGGACAAGGGCCUGUAGAGUUCAAGAAUGAGGUUACCUUGAUUUCAAAACUUCAACACCGGAAUCUUGUGAGGCUGUUGGGAUGUUGUAUUCAUAGAGAAGAGAGGAUGUUGAUCUAUGAGUUCAUGCCUAAAAAGAGCUUGGACUUAUACAUAUUCAAUGAAACAAGGGAGACAGCUCUUGAUUGGAAGAAGCGCUUUAAUAUUAUUGCGGGGAUUGCUCGUGGACUUCUUUAUCUUCAUCGAGAUUCAAGAUUGAGAAUUAUUCACCGAGAUCUUAAAGCCAAUAAUGUUCUUUUAGAUAGUGAGAUUAACCCCAAGAUAUCGGACUUUGGCUUGGCAAGAAUACUCGGAGGUGACCAAACUGAUAUAAAUACUAAGAGAGUAGUUGGUACAUAUGGAUACAUGUCUCCAGAGUAUAUGAUGGAUGGACACUUUUCAGUGAAAUCUGACGUCUUUAGCUUCGGUGUCAUGGUGUUAGAGAUAGUGAGUGGGAAGACGAAUAGAAGAUUUGAACAUCCCGAUCAUAACCUCAAUCUUUUAGGACAUGCAUGGAAACUAUGGAUUGAGGACAGGCCCAUGGAGCUCAUAGAUGUUUUAAUGGAAAAUGUUCCUGUAGCCGAAGUGUUAAGAUGUAUCCAAAUUGGAUUAUUGUGUGUUCAAAAGCACCCUGAAGAAAGGCCCUUAAUGUCAUCUGUUCUCUUCAUGUUGGAGAGUGAUAAUGCUUUACUGCCCCAACCUAAACUACCUGGAUUUUACACUGAAAGAACUUUUAUAGAGAGAGCUAGCUCUUCUUCAUCAUCAUUGAAUAAGCCAAAUAAUGUUUCUACUGGUGUAACUGUCACAGCAUUACAAGGGAGAUAG